AUGGUUAUUAUUCAAACAUUAUUUAAAUGUAUUCGAUAUAAUAAAGUUUUAUUAAACCUUCAUCAACUAGCAAUCAUUUCACCAUCUUCUGCUGAAACAAAAUCUUCAAAUGUUUCUUCAUUAGCACCAUUAAAUAAUACAUCAACUAAUAUUAAUGCAAUGACUAUUCGACAACUGAUGAUUUAUUUAUUUGAUUCACGUCAUGUAUCAAGUAUCAAUAGUGAUCAAUCCAAAGAAAAUAGUGCAAUACGAGAGUAA